UCAGUCGUAGAAGGCCGAAGCGAACUUGUAGUUGGCCGGCGUCGACCACUUGGCAAUGCAGGCGUCCUGCUUGCCCUGCAGGACAGGACACACAGAGGGGCAUACACAGAGGGGCAGUGGGGCCAUCCAUCCAUCAACUCAUUCAGUCAUUGGAGGUGUUGUGUGGGGUGUUGCGUACGAUGGCUAUGUGCGGCCUGUUCAGAGAUCGGAGGAGCCUGCUCAUCUCCUUGUAGCAGGGCAUCAGCUGAGACUUCUGCAGCCCCGUCACACGCUUCAACGCCUCCGUCUGCACACACAAGAAAGAGGAAGGCACGGUAGACAGCACAGCCGCACACACACACAUGUGUCAGGACUGUGUGUCGGUUAAUGUGUGGCCCCCCUCCCAUCGCCUCACUCACUGACCCAGCUGUCCUCUCCGUGUCGGGGCUGGCCCUCCAUGAGCAGCCACAUCUUGCGGGUCGUGUACACCGCCGCAGCCUGACAAAGGGAUAAAGGGAUGGAUGGAUGGAUGGAUGGAUGUCGCUUGUGUGCGGCUCAAGUGGGCUGACAUACCGAGAUGAUGUUGGAUUUGUAUUGAGAGAAUGUGUAGUCCGUCAACGCCAACUCCUGCACACACAGAGAGAGAGAGACCCCAUGGCAGGUACGUAAGAUGCACACACCACUGUGACCCGUCCAUCCAUCCAUCCAUCCGUCUGUAUGUCCGUCUGUCUGUCUGUCUGUCUGUGUGCGUGUAAACCGUGUUUAAGCACCGCACCUGGAGGAACUGCACGAAUGCGUGGUCCUUAGUGUCCGGAGGGAUGCCGCCGGCCUUGGCGAACCGGUCGCUGAACGCACAGUAGGUUGAGCUCGGCAACUCCAUCCCGGUCGUCCUAAACACCACACAACACACAACACACACAUACGUUGGUUGAAUAAUGGGAGAGACGGGGACAAAGGGCUGGCUCUUCCCACGUGUGUGGAUUUGAUGUGUGUGUAUCCACUUGACUUACAUGAGGAUGUGCUGUUCGAUCCUGAGGAAGUCGACGCGAGUGUAGGUGCGGUCCCCCUUGUCCAUGGGCACCUCGUUCAUGAGUGUGACGAGGUCGUUGAUGACCACCGGCUCACGCUCCUCGUACUUGGACGCUAUCAGCAAACACGUGUAACCCACCUGGUGGCAGCAAAUAAGUGGAUGGAUGACACAACACAUAAACAACACCCAUAUGUUAUGUGUGUGUGAGUGAUUGUGCGUUGUGUGAGUGAGUGCGGUGUGUGUAUGGUCGUACUUACCGCCACGAGGUUGUGGUGGAACAAAUUCUCUCCCUUGGUCCACACUGAUUGACACCAAUGACACACACACACACCAGGCCGCCAAUUAAGACAGACGUGUGUGGCUAUGUGCGGUGAGUGACUGUGGUGCGGUGUGUCAUUUGUGUGGUCAGUAUGGCUCCCUCACUCCACUCACGUGUGUGUAUGUAGUAGUCGAGGAGCCGCACCGCCAGCGGCAGGGCCUCCUUCCACACACACAUGCGGCUGCAGCCGUCCAAGAUGCGAUCCACAACGUAGCCGCGCAACUCCUUGAAGGCGUCGCCGCAGUUGCUCAGAAAGUCCACAGACAAGGCAUACUUGUCCUGUUGAGUUGACAGACACCACCCACAUGACAUGAAUGACCACACCCAUCUCUCCCUCUAUGCUAAACCCGCCCUCUCCCUCUUUCUUUUCGCUGACUUACGCCUUGUCCGUGUGCGAGGUUGAGGGACGGGUACUGGGACAUCAUGUGGCCGUCCUGCAUCUCCUGGUUGGUGAGGUCGGGCGAUAGGGACUUGAGCCGGGCUGCCCCAUUGCCCAGCGCCAGGUCACGGUCCUUGGCGUUGAGCUGCUGCAACUCCUUGAGCUCCUUCUGGGCCUGCUCCUGCAGCUGCUGCCGCAGCUCCUUGGCGACCCGACUUGCCUGACGCUCUGAGUCGAUGCCCGGCUGCAGAAACUCAUCGCUCCCGCGGCCGCUUCGCAACUGGUAACGGGACUUGCGCGGCUCCUGAUAUGCAUACAUGCAUCUUCCGUAUGGCCCUGCUGUCUGCCCGCCAUCCCGUUUCUUUCUUUUGACGCCUGGCUGGCUUCUCCCUCUCAGCGGUGCAUACCUUGGCUUUGGAGUAGGGACCCGUCGGCCCUGAGCCACCGCGUUUGUUCGAAUUCGAAUCCUGCAGUGCCAACACACACACACACACACACGCAUGUGUCAAUGCCCGCAUGCAUUCACGUCCUGCUGCCCCUUUCAUACCUCCUUACCUUGGGCAUCCUAUCCCGAGGAGAAUGAUCAAUGUGACAAUUCAACGUCAAGUCUUCGACAACUCUCAACAGGUACGGACGUACGGCUACGUCCGUCCACUGGUCCAACUCUCAACACGCGCCUUUUCUUUUUCC